GAGCGUAGCAAGCAAAUUUGUAGGGUUUGCUUAGUCUUUUAUGGAAUUGGAACCAAUAGACGGUUCUUGUCAAGAAGAUGAGGAUGUGUUUCACUUUGAAACCGAGCACCUGGCCCUUCGUGGCAACCAGUGCUAUGCUAAUUUACUGCGUACCAUCGCCGUGCUGCAGGCUCAAAGGAUUCGAGUUCAUCAGCAGAUUAAUGAGCUGGAGACAUCCCAAAAGGCGUACUUGGAGAACCCUCAACUGAUGCUGGAGAAAUUGCGGAACAAUGAUCCCCUUAUAUCGGAAAACUACUUAACCAUUGCUACGCUGCCGGAUAUGCCUACGUUAGAUGCAAAUAAUGAAAAAGUUGCCCCAGGUGGGACACCAACGAAAAUGGCUUCUUGGAAGAACCCAUCGAGUGGUUCUACGGACAGGAGCCACGGCCGACCGGAGAACUUUAACCGAUUGUGGACAAACGAUGAGCAAAGACGGUUGGAGCAGCUGCUCAUUCAAUAUCCGCCAGAGGAAGUGGAAAUGCGUCGUUUCGCUAAGAUAGCCAAGGCCUUGGGUAACCGCACGCCGCAACAGGUCUUCAGCCGUGUCCAGAAGUAUUUCCAGAAGCUUCACGAUGCCGGAAUGCCGGUGCCCGGCCGGAUACCUAAGCAUCGACGGGCGGGACUAAGUAAACCAAAGGUACAUUUAAAAAGGUCAACCUUCUUUCCUGCUCAGAACAUAUCGCUGCAAAUGCCGGAGGACGAUUUUUCACUGGAUGAUAUGCAAGUCCUGUCGCCGGCCAACGAGAUGAUCCUGCCGUCAGCAUCAUUGCAAAUCAAACACGAACCUAAAAGCGAGGCAGAACUCGCCGACCCUGAACAGGAUUCGGAGGCCAAUCGCAAGCAGGAUCUGCGCCUUAAGCUGCUAACAGCCAUUCAUGAUGAGAAACAACAGAUCGAGAAUGGCUACGAACCCGACCUGCUGGCACCAAAAUGCGCAGAAUGCGAGGAGGCUUCUGUGACUAGGACGCAAUGGCGUUGCAACAGCUGCUAUUGCCACCUGAAUCUGUGUGGCGAUUGCCUGGCUAGUCAGUUGAUUGAAGAACGCUUCGAACAUCUAAGCCAUGAAGUUGUUGUUGACAAAGAGUCUUAAAAAGAUGACCCAGGUGUAGUGUAAGACCUUUCAAAUAAUUAUUGCGUUAAGAGUUGAACAAAAACGAAUCCAGUUUGGUAAUACCAAGAUCCAUAUUUUUAGAUGGAUUUACUACUUAUACUAAAGACAUGCAUAAGCUUAAGCCCUGUUCCUGUUCUAUGGUAAGCUAGAAAGAAGUUUCAAGGUGAACAAAUUAAAAUGUUUUCCAAUUCAAUAGCGUGGUUUAGCACAGAGACAAUAAACCGAUACUGAAAGGGCUAACAUGUUCAUUAAAAUGUAAAUGCAGAUUGCAGGCAGCAUUCUUGAAGAGCUUAGGAAAAGGAAACUUAAAACUAUAUAUAAAAGUAAAUAUAUAAAAUUGUUCCAGAAAAUAGAAUAGCCACAGACAUAAUAAUAUUUAGUUACUGAGACGAUUUCAUUUCUUUAUUGAUAGCUUAAAGUAAAAUAAAAUAAAAAAACGUAAAUAAAAAA